AUGAGCGACAUGGUGGAGAGGACGCUGACAGCCCUGCCGGGGCUCUUCCUGCAGAACCAGCUGGGAGGGCCUGCCGCCUCCAGAGCACCCUUCUUCUCCAGGCUGGGCGGCCUCAUCCGCGGCGUCACUGCCCUCUCGUCCAAGCACGAAGAAGAGAAAUUAAUCCAGCAGGAACUGAGUAGUCUGAAGGCAACUGUUUCUGCUCCUACUACAACACUGAAAAUGAUGAAGGAAUGUAUGGUGAGACUUAUAUAUUGUGAAAUGCUUGGAUAUGAUGCUUCUUUUGGUUAUAUACAUGCAAUCAAGUUGGCCCAACAAGGAAACCUCUUAGAAAAAAGAGUGGGUUAUUUGGCUGUUUCUUUAUUUCUACAUGAAAGUCAUGAACUUUUGCUUCUCCUUGUGAAUACAGUGGUGAAGGAUCUGCAGAGCACUAAUCUGGUAGAAGUGUGUAUGGCACUUACUGUUGUCAGCCAGAUUUUCCCUCGAGAAAUGAUCCCAGCUGUUCUUCCCCUAAUAGAAGAUAAACUUCAACAUUCUAAGGAGAUUAUACGAAGAAAAGCAGUUCUGGCAUUAUACAAAUUUUACCUCAUUGCCCCUAAUCAAGUACAGCAUAUCCAUACUAAAUUUCGGAAAGCACUCUGUGACAGAGAUGUUGGGGUCAUGGCUGCCUCUUUGCAUAUAUACCUUAGGAUGAUUAAGGAAAAUUCUUCUGGAUAUAAAGACCUGACUGAGAGUUUUGUAGCAAUUUUAAAGCAAGUGGUGGGAGGAAAGCUCCCAUUUGAGUUCAGUUACCACAAUGUGCCGGCACCGUGGUUACAGAUUCAGCUCUUGAGAAUACUGGGACUGCUGGGAAAAGAUGAUCAAAGGACAAGUGAAUUAAUGUAUGAUGUUCUUGAUGAAUCCUUACGAAGAGCCGAGUUAAAUCACAAUGUCACUUAUGCCAUUCUGUUUGAAUGUGUACACACAAUUUAUUCUAUUUAUCCUAAAUCAGAAUUACUUGAGAAGGCUGUCAAGUGCAUUGGAAAAUUUGUUCUGUCACCUAAAAUAAACCUCAAAUAUUUAGGACUGAAGGCUCUUACCUAUGUUAUCCAGCAGGAUCCUUCUCUGGCUCUUCAACACCAGAUAACCAUAAUUGAAUGCCUAGACCACCCUGAUCCCAUUAUUAAAAGAGAGACCCUGGAACUUCUUUACAGAAUUACAAAUGCACAGAAUGUAGUAGUUAUUGUACAGAAAAUGCUUGAAUAUUUACAUCAGAGCAAAGAAGAGUAUAUCAUCAUCAAUUUAGUUGGCAAAAUAGCUGAGUUGGCUGAGAAAUAUGCUCCUGACAAUGUGUGGUUUAUUCAGACAAUGAAUGCUGUGUUCUCAGUGGGAGGAGAUGUAAUGCACCCUGAUAUUCUCAGUAACUUCCUGAGACUGCUAGCUGAAGGUUUUGAUGAUGAAGUAGAAGAUCAACAAUUAAGACUCUAUGCAGUUCAGUCUUACCUUACUUUACUAGACAUGGAAAAUACUUUCUAUCCACAGAGAUUUCUUCAAGUUAUGAGUUGGGUGUUAGGAGAGUAUUCCUAUCUCCUAGAUGAAGAAAGUCCAGAGGAGAUUAUAACCAGACUCUACAAGUUACUUAUGAGUGACUUUGUUUCUUCAGAAACAAAAGCCUGGUUGAUUGCUGCAGUGACCAAGCUGAUGCCUCAAGCUCAUUCUUCUCAUAUAGUUGAGAAAUUAAUCCAAGAAUUCACUGUAUCCUUGAAUACAUGCCUGAGACAGCAUGCAUUUGAAUUGAAACAUCUGGGUGAAAAUGUAGAGCUUAUGAAGAGCUUGCUUCAAGGUACACAGAAUGGUGAAGACAUAAUGGCAGAUGCUUCUUUAUCUUUUCUGGAUGGUUUUGUGGCUGAAGGACUCAGUCAGGGAGCAGCCCCUUAUAAGCCCCAUCACCAGCGCCAAGAGGAGCAGCUCUCUCAGGAAAAAGUUCUCAAUUUUGAACCAUAUGGACUAUCCUUUUCUUCAUCUGGCUUCACUGGACGACAGUCUCCUGCAGGCAUUUCUCUGGACUCAGAUAUAUCUGGAAACAGUGCUGAAACAGGGCUGAAAGAGACAAGUAGCUUGAAGCUGGAAGGUAUAAAGAAAUUAUGGGGUAAAGAGGGCUAUCUCCCCAAGAAGGAGAGUGGAACUGGUGAUAAAAUGGAAGCCCUGCAUGUUCCUGCAGAGGGUGCAACAAUGGAGAAUGUAGAACAAGCCACAGCCAGAAAGGACCAAGCCCAAGGCCUUACCCAGUCUACAGAGGAGAAAGAAAAGCAGCUGUUAGCAUCAUCAUUAUUUGUUGGACUAGGACCAGAAAAUACAAUCAAUUUGUUGGGAAAAGCAGAUGUUGUGUCUCACAAGUUCAGGAGGAAAUCAAAAUUCAAGGUAGCCCAAAGUGACAAGACACCCCGUGCUUCUAACCAUACCUCCUCCACCCUUAGCGCUUUGUCCCAUGUGGCCGACGUCGAUGAUGUCGCUCUAAAUACUUUGGGUGGAGGAGAAACUGAACUUAGUUCAGAGCUUUUGGGUUCUGAGCCUGUUUCUGACUCAGAGCUGUCCUCAGUUGAAAAACUCUCAAGUAUCAGCUUGCCUGCACCUUCUUUGUUUGCUGAUAACAACAUGGACGUUUUUCACCCCCCUUCAUCAUCUGCAACUUCAACUGUCCAGGGAAUCAAUUUGGCUUCUUUGUUGGAAGAAAGCCAUGAGUGCAAACAUUCAAGUCUUGUGGAAGUCUGUAGUGAUGAAAACCUAUCAGUGUCUUCUUACAAAAUCUGGAAGGAUGAUGGUUUAUUGAUGAUCUGGUCAGUCACCACUAAGACUGAUUCAGAGUUGACAGAUGUUCAGUUAGAAAUUUCUCCUGUGGAAAAUUUCAAGAUCAUUGAGCAACCUGGAUCCUGUUUGCCUGUGAUGGAACCAGAAAGCACCAAAUCCUUCCAAUAUGGUGUGCAGAUGGAAAGCCCUUCUGUAGAGGGGACGCUCUCUGGUUUUAUAAAUUAUCAGAUAUUAGAUUCACAUUCUCUUCAAUUAGAAUUUUCCAUGAACUUAUCAUUGUUAGAUUUUAUCAGACCAUUAAAGAUCUCAACUGAAGACUUUGGCAAACUCUGGUUGUCCUUUGCAAAUGAUGUGAAGCAAACUAUAAAGAUAUCAGAGCCUCGAGUUGCUCUGGCCUCUGUUCUAAUGGAGCUGCAGCAGAAACUGAGACUCCAUGUGAUUGACAUCGUAGGCAAUGAAGGGCUUUUGGCCUGCAAGCUGCUUCCGUCCACGCCCUGCGUCUUGUACUGCCGAGUGCGUGCUGAUGCCGUAGCCCUGUGGUUCCGGUCCUCCUGCUCUGCUCUUUCAGACUAUUUAUCACGCCACUGUCAAAAGGUGAUGGAGGCGUCCUAGCAAAGUUCUGUUAAAUUUCACUUUUUCCAUAAAUGGUUUACAUUUAUAAACUAACCAAAGCAAAAAGAACUCAUGGUACUUCUGGUGAAAAUGGGGAUUAUUAAGUUUCUGUUUAUGUGCUUUCUUCUUGACUUGGUAAGAAUGAUCCCCAAGAAACUGUGUCACUAAUUUUUUUACUCAGGAUUGUACAGUGUGCUUGGGCACUCCCAAAAUGACCUAAACUAAUGUUAUAAAAAUGCUAAUGAUUUAUAUGUCACUUAAUGUGGAGGAACUGAAAAUAUUUAUUUUGUUAUAAAUGUUUUAUAGCAGGUUUAUUCUAGCAUUAACUGAUUUCUAGUAAAGCUGAGACUCAGGUCUCUGCUUUGAUGCAGAGACAUCACAAGAGACAAGACAUGAGAUUGACCAUCAUACACCUACAUUACACGUAGCUUUGGAAUGUGGAAUGUGUUGUAAGGAAAACUUGUGCUUUCAGUUAUGUUUUGCUCAGGUCAGUGUUAAACUGAGGUGGCCUAGCACAUACUAACUAACCAUUGUAGAAGAUCCAUGAGCAUGAUAGGUAUUAGGCAGGUUCAAUCUUGUGGGGUUUUUUUUCUUUUUAACAUGUUAUACUUCAGGUAAUUUGGCCAUAAAGUAUAUCAUUUGCUAUUAGAUUCUUUUAACAAUUAAAAUUUGUGACCAUAGAAUAAAUGACCAAUUGAUUUUUUUUUUUUCUGGCCCUAAAUCUACUAGUAUUCAGUGGAUGUAGCUAAGCAGUAACCAUGUAAAUAUAUCCUACAGGUACUUCAGUAAAAAUAUAUCAUUUUCAUGUUAUAUUUAUGCCUAUAGGGCCUCUGUUAGUAAAAGACGAGAUUAUGCCUAGUGUGUAUGAUGGGCCAAAAUCUUCAGAUUGUAUAUUAACUGAAAUAGUAUUUUAUAAAACUUAUGGUGCUGUGGGAAAUAUUUAUUUUACCCUUUUUGGUACUUCACCAUUGAAACUAUUCAGGUAAUACAACUUUUAAGUCAUUAUGUUAAUUAUUCUAGUUCACAGGACUGGUUAUCACCCAGGUCAGGCACUCUGGUUUUAGGUUAUCUCAUCAAUACUUGCUGAUAAAGAUGCUAAGAGGAGGCCAGGUGGUGGGGUGCACGUCUUUAACCCCAGCACUGGGGAGGCAGAGGCAGGCAGAUCUUUGAAUUUGAGGCCAGCCUGAUCUACAGAGUAGGUUCCAGGACAACCAGGGCUACACAGAGAAAAGAUGUUAAGAGGAUCCUACAGAGAUAGUAGAUCUGUUGUGCAUAGUUAGAACAAAACAAAAUAGUAUUUUUUCAAUUAAUUUUUAGGUUAUUCAUUUUUAAAUGUAGCAUUUUGUUAACUUGUCUCUUUUAAAAACAUGCAGUUAAACCUUGCUAAAAGGGCAAUAGGUGACUAGAAUUUCUUGUAUAUUGGGGUUUUCCCUUUGAGUAGAACACCACAUGCGUUAUCAGACUCAGAACUUUCAUGGUAAAGGGAUUCUGAAGCAGCCAGCUUCGUUAACUUCCUCUUUAUUGUUGCCUCUCAUCACAUCAGCCUUCCCUGCUCCUUACCCAGCCUCACUCUCACUUUAACAAGCAGUGCAACAUCUGGUAUAGGAGGUAUUCCUUUCUGUGUGUACUCCUCCAGCUGUUUCUGUGGUCAUUUGUGGAGCAGUGGAAGUAAAAUAUCUAAAAUCACAGUGGCAGCUGUCCCGAGAGAUCGUAGUGGCUUUAUAUUUUGUUUUGUUUUUUGUUUUCUUCCUCCUGAUUUGUUACAAGGUAUUAUGGGAGCAGUAGUAAUUGUCAUGGGACUUGAUUGGCCUACAACACUGUCUAAUAGUGCAUUUGUACAUGGUAGAUUUGGGUUUGAGGCAUAAUUUAAGAUCUGCCAAAUGGAAAAUAGUGUCACUUUUGUUCUUUCUGAACUCACUAAAUAAAAUGUAGGGUAACAGGGUUUGUAUGGAAAUGUUUGAUUGAAUGUUUACAAUGUUUAUUAUUUUUAAAACUAAUAUUGAAAAGAGUAGAUAUUUAAAAACUUUGGACCAGUAUAUAUUCUAUCUAAACUCAUUGAAUUAUGUUCUGAAUCAGGUAUCAUCAACCUUUUUGCAUUUUAGGGGAUAUGAUCAUAAAAUAGGGAGAAUUUUAGACCUAGUGUCUUUACUUUAUAAUCAAAAUUCAGCCAGUGAGGGUAACACUUGGGCAAAGGGUGGCUGUGUGUGCUGGGCCAGGGAUCUUUACUGAGGAUGGAACCACAGUGGGUGUGAGGCUGGGACAAACAAGGGUAGACAGGAAGAGCCUGAGAGCAGCUGAAAGGAAAUCCCAAUAAUCGUCCCCAGAAGGCCAGCAGAACCAGGGUGUGAAAGGAUCCUGUGUUAUUCUGCCGGGGAAACCUUAGGAGGAGCUGAGCAGUUAGUUGAUGUUCGUUUCUGAGAGCUAAUGUGCCAAGCUUUGCACAGCAAAGCAUAUGCUCUGCAGGUGAGUAUUAUUUAACAUUUUUCCAAAAUCUUCCAAAUCGAUUGUGUUAAUGUGCAGUAUUUUAUUUUCAUUUUACUGUUGGUUCUUUUACUUUCCGUGGAUAAACAUGGUUUUUGUCGCAUGGUAAGCCACUUGAAGUGCACUGAACCUAUUCGUGUGUCUAAGCUUUUUUCCUAUGUCAGAAUUUUAGGGAGAGAACAAUGCAAGUGAAUAGCAACUUAAUAUGAUUCACUUUUUUACUUUGUUUGGUGUUGAACUCUGUAAUUUGAAAAACUUCAAUUGAAUGUAUAAUAAAAACAUUAUGCUUUUUCGGGGUUUAUAUGUUCUUUAUAAUUUAAGUAGAUGAAAAUUAUUUAAUCAGCG